AUGGAGCCGGGACUGCCGGCGGGACGGACGGCUAUGGCGCCGCUGCUGGAGUACGAGCGGCAGCUGGUGCUGGAACUGCUCGACACCGACGGGCUAGUGGUGUGUGCCCGCGGGCUCGGCGCGGACCGGCUCCUCUACCACUUCCUCCGGCUGCACUGCCACCCGGCCUGCCUGGUGCUGGCGCUCAACACGCAGCCCGCCGAGGAGGAGUAUUUUAUCAAUCUGCUGAAGCUAGAAGGAGUUGAACAUCUCCCUUGCCGUGUAACAAAUGAAAUCGCAAGUAACAGUCGUUAUGAGGUUUACACACGAGGUGGCGUUAUAUUUGCAACAAGUCGUAUACUUGUGGUUGAUUUCUUGACUGAUAGAAUACCUUCAGAUUUAAUUACUGGCAUCUUGGUGUAUAGAGCCCACAGAAUAAUUGAGUCUUGUCAAGAAGCAUUCAUCUUGCGCCUCUUUCGCCAGAAAAACAAACGUGGUUUUAUAAAAGCUUUUACAGACAAUGCUGUUGCCUUUGAUACUGGUUUUUGUCAUGUGGAAAGAGUGAUGAGAAACCUUUUUGUGAAGAAGCUAUAUCUGUGGCCAAGGUUCCAUGUAGCAGUAAACUCAUUUUUAGAACAGCACAAACCAGAAGUCGUAGAAAUUCAUGUCUCUAUGACACCUGCCAUGCUGGCUAUACAGACUGCUAUACUGGACAUAUUAAAUGCAUGUCUAAAGGAACUAAAGUGCCAUAACCCAUCGCUUGAAGUGGAAGAUUUAUCUUUAGAAAAUGCUAUUGGAAAACCUUUUGACAAGACAAUCCGCCAUUAUCUUGAUCCUUUAUGGCACCAGCUUGGAGCCAAGACUAAAUCCUUGGUUCAGGAUUUGAAGAUACUACGAACUUUGCUGCAGUAUCUCUCUCAGUAUGAUUGUGUUACAUUCCUUAAUCUUCUGGAAUCUCUGAGAGCAACGGAAAAGGCUUUUGGUCAGAAUUCAGGCUGGCUGUUUCUUGACUCCAGUACCUCGAUGUUCAUGAAUGCACGAGCAAGGGUUUACCAUGUUCCAGAUGCCAAAAUAAGUAAAAAAGGCAAAACUUCUGAAAAAAUGGAGAUUAAUGAAGGACAAGAAGCUAAAAAGGAGCUGGUCUUAGAAAGCAGCCCGAAGUGGGAGGCACUAACGGAAGUAUUGAAAGAGAUUGAAGCAGAAAAUAAGGAGAGCGAAGCCCUUGGUGGUCCAGGCCAAGUACUUAUUUGUGCCAGUGAUGAGCGAACAUGCUCCCAGCUGAGGGACUAUAUCACUCUCGGAGCAGAGGCCUUCUUACUGAAGCUCUACCGGAAAACCUUUGAGAAGGACAGCAAAGCUGAAGAAGUGUGGAUGCAAUUUAGAAAGGAGGACAGUUCAAAGAGAAUUAUGAAACCCAGCAAAAGACCCAAAGGCCCCCAAAACAAAGAACGGGCUUCCACCAAAGAAAAGACUCUCAAAAAGAAAAAACGAAGGUUGACUUUAACUCAGAUGAUAGGAAAAUCUGAGGAACUGGAAGAGGAAGGGGAUGUCGAGGAAGGAUUUCAUAGAGAAAUAAGCAGUAGCUCAGAAAGCCGUUUGGAAGAAAUUAAGCAUGAAGAAUUUGAUUUAAAUUUAUCAUCAGAUGCUGCUUAUGGAAUCCUGAAAGAACCCCUGACUAUCAUCCAUCCACUUCUGGGUUGUAGCGACCCCUAUGCUCUGACAAGGGUACUCCAUGAAGUGGAGCCAAGAUAUGUGGUUCUCUAUGAUGCAGAGCUAACGUUCGUACGUCAGCUGGAAAUUUACAGGGCAAGUAGGCCUGGGAAACCUCUGAGGGUUUACUUUCUCAUAUAUGGAGGUUCAACUGAGGAACAGCGCUAUCUCACUGCUUUGCGGAAAGAAAAAGAAGCUUUUGAAAAGCUCAUAAGGGAAAAGGCUACCAUGGUUGUCCCUGAAGAAAGGGAAGGCAGAGAUGAAACAAACCUAGACUUAGUAAGAGGCACAGUGUCUACAAACGUUUCUGCUGACACUCGCAAAGCCGGUGGCCAGGAACAGAAUGGUACGCAGCAAAGCAUAGUUGUGGAUAUGCGUGAAUUUCGAAGUGAACUCCCGUCUCUGAUUCAUCGUCGGGGCAUUGACAUUGAACCGGUGACGUUAGAGGUUGGAGAUUACAUCCUGACUCCAGAAAUGUGCGUGGAACGCAAGAGUAUCAGUGAUUUGAUCGGUUCUUUAAACAACGGCCGCCUCUACAGCCAGUGCAUCGCCAUGUCCCGCUAUUACAAGCGACCUAUGCUUCUGAUCGAGUUUGACCCUAAUAAGCCUUUCUCCCUCACUUCCAGAGGUGCCUUAUAUCAGGAGAUCUCCAGCAAUGACAUUAGUUCCAAACUCACUCUCCUUACACUUCACUUCCCCAGACUCCGGAUUCUCUGGUGCCCCUCCCCUCAUGCAACUGCCGAGCUGUUUGAGGACCUGAAACAAAAUAAGCCACAACCUGAUGUGGCAACAGCACUGGCCGUUACAGCAGAUUCGGAAACCCUGCCCGAGUCAGAAAAGUAUAAUCCUGGUCCCCAAGACUUCUUGUUAAAAAUGCCAGGGGUAAAUGCCAAAAACUGUCGCUCCUUGAUGAGCCACGUUAAGAACAUCGCAGAAUUAGCAACUCUGUCCCAAGACAAGCUCACAGGUAUUCUGGGGAAUGCUGCAAAUGCUAAGCACCUAUAUGACUUCAUUCACGCCUCUUAUGCAGAAGUUGUCUCUAAGGGAAAAGUGAAAAAAUGAGCAGUGGUGGCUGUUUUCUGAUCCCAUGACUGUGCUUUUCAGUUGCACUUUGCCAGCCAUCGUAGGGCAUUAUUAAUCAUUAGCUCGGUACUUCAUUCUCUUCUACUGCUUUUAAUGAUUGUGCAUUCUGUUUCAAGGUCACUGGACCAGAAGCCAAGGUUCCUCUCUGAACUCUGCAUUUAAGCAUCGUGUUAACUUCCCCACAUCUGCUCUCCCCCUCCCUGCACUGUCCAUGCCAGACUUGGUAUAUUCAAUUUUUAAAUGAGGUGUGUCGGGAUCAGGUAAAGUUUCUACAAGUGUUAAUUAUGGAAGGCCAUUUUUGAAACAAGCAGAAAUCUGUGUUUGCUUCACAAACUGAAAAAAUACACAGUCAUGCUCCUACCCUCUGUCUACACAGAGGCACUCUGGAACACUGAGAAGGGACAUCUCUUUGCCAUUCCUGACCUGUUCUCUCUCACAUAUUUUCUUCAACCCCAAGCUUCUGCCACCUGUCUGCGUCUAAGGAAAAUUCACGGGGCUUUCCUUCUACUAAUUUGAGACAGCCAUCUCUCAAGCUGGCUGACUAGUCUUAUCACCUGAAUGUAUGUAGUGUGUACUAUAACUUGACUGUUCAAAACUAGUAUUUUUAAGACAUAAAAUGAAUUUGAUGGUGUGGGUGAAAGAGCCCUUGGAAUUCUGUUUUUACACAUAUUCAACCUCCUAAAAUCAGAAAUCUCUAAGCCCAAUAGCUAGUUAUAGAGUCUUUUAAGACGUCUCUUCCCAGCUCUCCUCACAUAUCCUAAGACGUCAGCACCAUUUCCCCUAGAAGUGCAACACCAGCUCAUCCUGUCUUUGGUUCUCCAUUCCUCAUGUUCCUGUGCCAGAGGGCCCUACCUGCUGUGUGUGAGGACUCAAACACAAGCAGAUGAGUGGCCCACAAAGCUUUUAAGAUUUGGCUUUUCUUCCUUGAGUUGAGAUGAAAGGAUUGUAGAUAAGUGGAAGAUCAAUGCAUAGAAUAUAUUAAAAUUCAGAAGAAAUAUAUUUAUUUAAAAACCCAUAAAGUAAUCCCAUUCUAAACCUCCAUCUGAUUGAUUUAGGUUGGCUUUUUACUGAAGUGUACAUACAGGAUGUUCAUAGCAUCUUUGUUCAGUUUUUAAACUUUUAUAUUUAAACAUUAUUAACUUAGCUAUGAUUUACAUAUUUCGUAAUGAGUAGUACAUUUUCUACCUCAAGAGCUAAUAUAGACAUCAAUUUUGCUAGCCAUAUCACAUAGUUUAGCAUUUCAUCAAUGUCAGCUAUUUUUUUGUUUAUUACACUGAAGAGACAGUGGACCACAUGACACAAAAUUGUCUUCAACUUUAACAAAAGUGCUUUUAACUAUCCUUUCCAAACUGAACCUCUCAUAUUGGCAUCUUGAUUUAUUGGUACUUAACAGUAUAGAUGGAUUUAGAGUACUGUAAGAAUGAAUUGAGGGGUGUCAAGAACCAGAUUGGUGUCCAUGGACCUCUGUGAGGCGAUGUGGAGAGCCCAGAAGAGGACAGAAACACACAUGAAUUUAAGGCAGAAUGAAGAUUUGGGCUAUUUUUGUCCCAGGGUUAAAAAUAUGCCCUCUACAAUAGAAAACAAAAAUAUUGAAUGAUUGCAUUAAUGUUAACAUUCACUUUUGUAUUUAUUGUUUUAUUGAAGUUUAAUCAUAGUUUGAAGUAUGUUAAAAUAAUAUAUCACUUCAAAUGGUAAUGGUUAUUAUGUUUCUUCACUCUAUUCUAGCACUUCUGUUUGUGGUAUGUAAUCUCUAUUUUUUCUUGUAUAAUUCCACCUGCCUUUUAUUGUUUUCAUUACAUAAGAGGAAAAGCUUAACAUAGCACAUUCUGUGAUUGGGGUUUUAAUCCAAGUUAAAUUUUCAAAAAUAAGCUCUUCUUAAAGCUACCAUUUUAAACAGUUCUUGUUGUCUAGUAAAUAACAGUCUUAAUUGUAUUUAGUGCCAGUGUUCUUUGGCUCUCAAAAUCUAUUUGCUGUUGUACCUACAGAACUCAAGUGCACUGUCUCAUGUAUUUUAAUUAUGAUCGAUAAUUUCUGAUGAACUCUAAAAUGGUCAUUAUAGAUGAAAGACUCUCACUGCCACUUCUUCCAACUAAAUAAAUAUAUUUUAAUGAAUUUCCAGUUGUAGAAAGUUUCAGUACAUCCAUCAAAAGUAUUUACUUUUCUCAAAUUUUUUUUACAAAGUUUUACAAUCUAAGGAUUUUUGUUAAAGGAACUAGAGAUGCAUGCAGUUGCAAAAUUAAUGCAUUACUUUGUUUUCUAGCAUCAUUUUGUUAACACUGCCUUUUUCUUUCAAAACACUGAAUAUCCAGUUUACUUAUGAACUCAUACUUAGCUUUUUUAAAACCUUUUUAAAAAGUUAGAUCAGCAUUGUUGCUCUAUUUUACAAGGUUUUUGCAUAAAAAUUUCAACAUGUGAAAUACUGUGAGAUCAUUUUCAGUUUUGUUGGUUUAAAUCAUAGUGCCUCUCUUGAUAUUUCCUUCAAAUUAUACAAGAAGAAAUCAUUUUUAAUACUAGCCAUAAAUAUUGUUCUUUUGGCAAUAAGUUACUGUUUCUUCAGUCUGAGACUGACUGAGUAAGCUGUAUGUCUGCAAUGUUUGUGUGCACACAGCAUGCAGUUUCCCAGCUCAUGAGGGACUGAAAAUAAUUGUCUCAUUCAUCAAUCCAUUAGGACAUGAAGGGUUAAGUCUAGAUUUGGUCAUGUUGAGAUAACAGAGUAUAGAAUUAAUAUAAUGGCCUUCAGCAGUCCUAGAGCAAAUCUGAAGCAGUAGACGGGGAGGGAGACAGGCGUUACUGGUCUUUGCUUUUGUUUUUCAAGCAUAAUUUGAUUUUCCUUUGGCUCACACAACUUCUUUAGGAGAAUUAUUUUCUCUUUUGUGUUGAGUUUAACCUAGAGAUGUCCCCUUAACUAACAUUUUAGGAAAACUCUUUUCUCAGUCCUGAAUAUAUGAAAAUUUAGCCAGGCUUUGACAUGGAUUGUCAUUUUUUAUUAUGUUGCUUUCUAUUUUAAUUUACAGCUAUUUCUUGUCCUAUUCUGAACUUCAGCACUGAAUUAACCAUCUUUACCAGCAGUUUUUCAGUGGCCUCCACCACUGUGCUGUUGUUUUUUAAUGUAAGAGUAUGGAGACAAAAUUUGAUGGGAGUGAGACAUAACUGAUUUAUAUCAAUCUGUAACAGAGGUGUGUGUUUAAUAAAACGUAUAUUUAUUCAGUAUUUUCCUCAGCAAAGUAAAAAAACAAUGUAUAGUGAAAAGGUAUAUAUUACCAGCAGUGUGUUGGUAAAUAUCAUGUGAAAUUCAGAGAAUGUUUAAUUGUUUUCUUUUUUGUUAUGCAGAAUAAAUGAUUAAAGCUGAAGUGCUCUUUGAGCCACUGCUUUGCUGUUUGGCUCGCAUGGUAAA